ACUUCCCAAAGUUGCCAAACAUGGCUACCUCGCCUGCCGAGCCGAGCGCGGGGCCGGCGGCCGGGGGGGAGGCGGCGGCGGCGGCGGCCGAGGAGGAGGAGGAGGAGGAGGCGCGCCAGCUCCUGCAGACCCUGCAGGCGGCCGAGGGGGAGGCGGCGGCGGCGGCCGGGGCGGGGGAGGCGGCGGCGGCCUCGGCGUCCCCGAGCGGCCCGGGCUCGCCCCCCGACACCGCGGCCGAGGCGCCCGCCGGCCUCCGCUUCUCGCCCGAGCAGGUGGCGUGCGUGUGCGAGGCGCUGCUGCAAGCUGGCCACGCCGGCCGCUUGAGCCGCUUCCUGGGCGCGCUGCCCCCGGCCGAGCGCCUACGUGGCAGCGAUCCGGUGCUGCGCGCGAGGGCCCUGGUGGCCUUCCAGCGGGGAGAGUACGCCGAGCUCUACCGGCUCCUCGAGAGCCGCCCUUUCCCCGCCGCCCACCACGCCUUCCUGCAGGACCUCUACCUGCGUGCGCGCUACCACGAGGCCGAGCGGGCCCGCGGCCGAGCGCUGGGCGCCGUGGACAAAUACCGGCUGCGCAAAAAGUUCCCUCUGCCCAAGACCAUCUGGGACGGCGAGGAGACCGUGUACUGCUUCAAGGAGCGCUCGCGCGCGGCGCUCAAGGCCUGCUACCGCGGCAACCGCUACCCCACGCCGGACGAGAAGCGCCGCCUGGCCACGCUCACCGGCCUCUCGCUCACACAGGUCAGCAACUGGUUCAAGAACCGGCGACAGCGCGACCGGACGGGGGCCGGCGGCGGCGGAGUGCCCUGCAAAAGCGAGUCGGAUGGGAACCCCACUACUGAAGACGAGUCCAGCCGAAGUCCGGAGGACCUGGAGAGGGGUGUGGCCCCCGUGGCUGCCGAGGCCCCCACCCAGAGUUCUAUCUUCCUAGCGGGGGCCACCCCUCCUGCGACGUGCCCCGCCUCCCCCUCCAUCCUGGUGAACGGGAGCUUCCUGGCAGCCAGCAGUCCCCCUGCAGUGCUCCUCAACGGCAGCCCCGUCAUCAUCAAUAGCUUGGCGCUAGGGGAGGCCUCCAGCCUGGGGCCCCUGCUGCUCACCGGAGGAGGGGGUGCUCCUCCACCACAGCCCGGCCCCCAGGGGACCGGUGAGGCCAAGACGUCCCUGGUCCUGGACCCUCAGACGGGGGAGGUCCGGCUGGAGGAGACUCCACCCGAGGCUCCGGAGCCCAAAGGGGCUCAGGGGGCUGUGGCUGGGGCAGCUGGAGAGGAAGCCCCAGGGACCCUGCCGCAGGUAGUCCCCGGCCCCCCGCCUGCCUCCACCUUCUCCCUGGCCCCGGGCGCCCUGCCCUCUGUGGCUGCGCCUCAGGUCGUGCCGCUCUCCCCGUCUUCUGGGUACCCAACGGGCCUGAGCCCCACCUCCCCGCUGCUGAACUUGCCCCAGGUGGUGCCCACCUCCCAGGUGGUGACCCUGCCUCAGGCUGUGGGGCCACUCCAGCUGUUGGCAGCUGGGCCAGGCAGCCCUGUGAAGGUGGCAGCUACAGCGGGGCCUGCCAAUGUGCACCUGAUAAACUCCGGGGUAGGCGUGACAGCGCUGCAGCUUCCCGCGGCCACCACCCCAGGGAACUUCCUCCUGGCCAACCCUGUGUCCGGCAGCCCCAUUGUCACUGGGGUAGCUGUGCAGCAGGGCAAGAUCAUCCUCACUGCUACCUUUCCCACCAGCGUGCUGGUCCCCCAGGUCCUGCCACCUGCCCCCAGCCUGGCCCUGCCCCUGAAGCAAGAGCCAGCCAUCACGGUGCCCGAAGGGGCCCUCCCGGUGGCCCCUAGCCCCGCCCUCCCCGAGGGUCACACUCAGCCCCUGCCACUGGCCCCUGCUGUCCCCUCUGCCGCCAGCCUGCCUUUCUCCCCGGACUCUGGCCUGCUGCCCAGCUUCCCCACACCCCUGCCUGAGGCUCUGAUGCUGUCACCUGCAGCUGUGCCAGUCUGGCCAGCAGGGCUGGAACUGAGCACAGGGGUAGAAGGGCUGGGGGCACAGGCCACCCACACUGUGCUCAGACUGCCAGACCCCGACACCCAGGGGCUGCUCCUGGGGGCCCCAGCAGGCCCUGAGGUUGAUGAGGGGCUAGAGGCCGAGGCCAAGGUCCUGACGCAGCUGCAGUCGGUGCCUGUGGAGGAGCCCUUGGAACUGUGACUGCCCGGGCUCAUCCCCUCUCCUGACAGUGGUGCUCAAGGUGCUAGGACAGAAGGGGGCACCCUCAGAAGCCGGGCAGCAGCCUGCAGCUCCCGCACUACAGCCCUCAACCCUGAAGGAGCUGCAAGCCCCGAGAAGUCAGAGGAGCCGCCCCGGUCAGGGCGCGUCCUUUCCCCGAGGGAAGUCUCCUGCUACGGUCCUUUCUGCGCUCCACCUGCCCAGUGCAGGGGCACUAGGGGCCCUGACUCGGGCUUUGCCCUCUGCCUGGUACUAGUUGAGGAAGGCCUUGCCAAGUGGCUGAUUUCCAGCCAGUACCCUCACCAUAACACUAUUAAUAGGUCCACUGAUGCCCAGUGUUCCCAGAACUGCCUGAAUCCCAGGGAUGGGAGGCCAGAGUGUGGCCCAGAGAGCCCUUCCUGGUGAGGAGGGUUUGAUGGGUGCUCAGGGCCCUUCCCCUACUUGCCUGGACUUGAGCCCCAGGAUCCAGCCCCAGACCAAAGAUCUCCCUGUCCCCUGGGGGCAAUUCUGGCCCCUUUGUCUAGUUUGUAUCGUAAAUCUUUAUUUUUCUAGGACAUGUUAUGCCUCCAUUUUGAUUAAAGUCAAGUUAACAGACAACAGA